AUGGCACCAAAAGAAGCGGAUUAUUUAGAGAUAGCUCACAAAAGAGCUAUAGAAAAGAAAACUCACGUUAGCUUUCCGCAAUUGAAGUACCCUUCACUAAGAGAUGAAGGUUUGAGGGAUCCAGUGCAAUGGCUCACGGGAAAAGCCAUAGAUGAUGGGGCUGAGGGUCUCUGGAGAGUUCAUGACAAACUGUAUGAUUUAAAUCAGUUCAUGGACAAACAUCCUGGUGGACAAGAAUGGUUGGAGUUAAGUAAGGGCACGGACAUAACCGAAGCCUUCGAAGCGCAUCAUCUCAACCCAGUCACUGAGACAAUGCUCAAAAAGUUUUAUGUGAGAAAUGCAAAAACCCCAAGAAAUUCACCCUUCACAUUCCGCGAAGAUGGAUUUUAUAGGACCUUAAAGAAAAAAGUUUGGGAGAAACUUAAAACUAUCCCGGACAAAGAAAAUCGACGAUCCGAUUUCUUAACAGAUGGACUUUUCGUUACUUGCCUUGCAGCUUCUACUAUUGCGUGCUGGGCUCAAAACUAUUGGAUUGGAAUGAUAGCGUAUAUUGUCGCUUCGUUUUCUUUAGCCUGGGUGAUGGUCGCUGCACACAACUAUAUCCAUAGGAAAACGAAUUUCAGAAUGUACUAUUUUAAUAUAGGAUUAUGGUCUUAUAGAGAUUUUAGAAUAUCUCACACGCUCUCCCACCAUCUUUAUCCAAAUACAUUAAUGGAUUUGGAAGUCAGUGGCUUUGAACCUAUUAUAUUCUGGAACCCGAGGGAGAAGCGGCCAUUCUACGCAAAAUAUGCCAUUUUCAUUGAGCAAAUAUUUUUCCCCUUCGCAUUUAUUGUCAACUUUUUGAAAAAAUUUUCUCUAAACUUCCUUCGUCCCAACUUCUUUAAGCAACAUUAUCGCUGGCACGAUGUUAUUGGGCUUUUGCUGCCUUUGUGGAUAUAUGUGACUAGUGGUUCUUCAUUCUAUGAUGCUGUAUAUACUUGGUUGUGGAUAAAUUGCACUGCAAGCUACGUUUUCUUCUCGAUCGGUUCAAAUGCUGCCCACCACCAUCCCGACAUAUUUAAGGAUGGAGAUGAAGUCAGCGACGUCACGCCGGAUUGGGGUAUGCAUGAACUAGAAGCAGUAAUGGAUAGAAAGGACGUAAAUGAUAGCCACUUCAAGGUGAUGACGUUGUUUGGACACCAUGCUCUGCACCAUCUAUUCCCGACUUUGGAUCACGCUGUCCUAGAACAUUUGUACCCAAUAUUCCUUGAACACUGCGAAAAGUAUAGAGCCAAUUUUAGAGUAACGUCACAAUUGGAUCUGUUCUUGGGCCAGAUAAGAAUGACUUUAAAAACCCAACCAAAAUUACUCUCCGAACGACGUUAA